UUGUCUGAGCCGGCUGACGACGGAACGUGCGUGCAGUAGACGGUGCUUAACACAUCCUCAAGAUGAGCCAAUACCAUAGACCUGACGCUGGAACUCUUCAAACUCUCAAGGAUAUCGCAAACAAACUGCGAAUCCAUAGCAUCAAGGCAACAGACGCCAGUAAUUCCGGGCAUCCAUCAUCAUGUAUGUCCAUGGCAGAAAUCAUGUCUGUCCUUUUCUUCAACACCAUGAGGUACAGUCUGAAAGAGCCACGCAGUCCAUCCAACGAUCGAUUCAUCUUGUCCAAGGGUCAUGCUGCCCCAAUACUGUACGCAGCAUGGGCCGAGGCAGGACUGUUUUCAACUGAUGAACUCCUGAAUCUGAGGAAACUGGACUCUGACCUGGAGGGACAUCCAACCCCUCGUCUCAACUUUGUUGAUGUGGCAACAGGAUCCUUGGGUCAGGGUCUGAGUGUUGCUGUGGGCAUGGCUUACACAGGAAAGUACCUGGACAAUGCUGACUACCGUGUGUACUGUGUGAUCGGGGAUGGGGAGAGUGCUGAGGGCUCGAUUUGGGAAGCUAUGGCCUUUGCUAGCCGUUACAACUUGGAUAAUGUUGUGGCCAUCUUUGAUGUGAACCGUCUUGGACAGAGUGAACCCACCAGUCUUCAACACAACCUUGAAGUUUAUAAGGCCAGGGCUGAGAGCUUUGGGUGGAAUACCUAUGUUGUGAUGGGACACAGUGUGGAGGAGCUGUGUAAAGCAUUCCAUGAAGCUUCCAUUGUCAAAGGCAAGCCCACCUGUAUUGUGGCCAAGACCUUCAAAGGACAAGGUGGACCAAAUGUGGCAGACAAGGAGAACUGGCAUGGCAAACCACUUGGUGCCCAAUCAGAGGUGACUAGACAGGCAAUUUCCAGCCAAAUUAGUAAUCCAGGACCACAUGGCAUCACCCCACCAACUCCUACCCCUGUCCCAGAAGUCGAUAUUUCCAACAUCAAAUUGUCUACUCCUCCCACCUACAAAGAAGGUGACAAGGUGGCUACCAGACAAGCUUAUGGCACAGCCCUGGUAAAGCUUGGUGAGAAUAACAACAGGGUGGUUGCUAUGGAUGGUGACACCAAGAAUUCAACAUUUGCCAUCAAGUUUAAGGAAAGGUUCCCUGAUCGCUUCAUUGAAUGCUACAUUGCGGAGCAGAAUCUGGUCGGCGUUGGUAUUGGAUGUGGUUGUCGUAACCGCACAGUGCCUUUCAUUAGCACUUUUGCCUGCUUUCUGACGCGAGCCUUUGACCAGAUCAGGAUGGGAGCCAUUUCACAAACCAAUGCAAACUUUGUAGGUUCCCACUGUGGAGUGUCCAUCGGUGAAGACGGCCCAUCCCAGAUGGCCUUAGAGGAUAUUGCCAUGUUCCGUUCCAUUCCAGGAUCAACUGUGUUCUACCCAAGUGAUGCUGUAUCAUGCGAACGCGCCAUUGAAUUAGCAGCUAACACCAAGGGAGUCUGCUUUGUUAGAACCAGUCGCCCGGCAACCAGCAUUCUUUACGAUGCAAAUACUGUAUUUGAAGUCGGAAAGGCUAAGGUUGUUCGACAGUCAAGCAGUGACUGUGUUACUGUAAUUGGCUGCGCUGUGACCCUACACGAAGCACUUACGGCUGCUGAUAAACUGCAAAUUGAUGGCAAGAACAUCAGGGUGAUUGACCCUUUCACCGUUAAGCCCCUGGAUGUGGACACCAUCGUAGAGAAUGCUAGGGCUACAGGCGGCCGUAUCAUCACUGUUGAGGACCAUUAUACCUGGGGGGGACUUGGAGAUGCAGUAUGUGCAGCAGUUUCCCCAUAUAAGGAGUUUGAGGUGCACAAACUGGCAGUAACAGAGGUUCCCCGAAGUGGUCCGAGUGCUAAACUUUUAGAAAAGUACGGAAUCAGUGCAAACUGUAUCGUCAAGGAAGUCAAUAGAAUCUGCAAGGCAUAGAUAGACAAGGUCAUGAACUGAGCUCUCGCCACUGCAUACAGCAGAUUAUUGUUAGCAGCUGUUUCUAAAAUUUUAUUUUAAAAAAUUCCUAAAAUCUUGUGAAAUUAAGGAAAUUAUGCAAUUUACAACUUGUUAAUGGUUGUUCUCACAGUUAAUUAGAAAGUACUGAAUUUAGAAAAAUGUAGUUAAAAUUGAUUUUGUUGUUAAAAGUCAGGUUCUAAAAGCUUAUUGAUGUUUUGAAGGGUUUUUAUUUUGCUACUUGUAAUUAUCAUACAUUUUCUCAUAUUUGGCCUAAAAUUAAAACCAAUAUCAUGGACAGAUUGGUGCAAAUUAAAAACCUUUAGAAUAAGAGUAUUAGUUAGAAGAGUAUCCACUUACGGUAGCUGGACUUCCUUAUAUGGAGUCCUGGAAUCUAAUUAGCGAUAUAAACAAGCAUUUAUUGUCAAAACAUAGAUUUUUUUUCAAGAGACUGUCUUAUAUAUAUCAUGUUGAAGGAAUGGAUGAACUUUAGAAAGAAAGAUACAUAUACUCCAAAUGUUGGAUAUUAUUGUUUAGUUAAGCCUGCGAGUAAAAUGAAAUGGUUAAAAUCUGUCCAGAGCUAUAGAGACUUAAAUUUUCAUAGACAUAUUGUCUGUCAUGAGAUCGAAAUUUCAUCAUAUUUGAAUUAAAACAAAUAAAACAUGAAUUGAUUUCACUGGUGUACAACAAUCACUUGGAAAACACAAGAAAUUGAUUCUCAGGCAAAAAUCAUUAUGUAUGUCAUCAUCAGGAAUUAAAAGUAGAUCUCUGUAACAGAAGGCAACAUGUGAAUCAUUAAUAGAAAUUCUCCUUUGUGAUAUUUAUGAAAUUGUACAUAUCAUUGUAGAAAUUAACUGCAAAUGAUAAUUCACUUUGAACUGGACUUAGAAGAUAUUGUCCCUGGUGGACUUACCUGCGAAUUCUAUUGACAGAAGAUGAAUUGCUAGUAGCAAGAAAAGAGUAAAAUUGGAAUGGAAAGAAUAAAUAUGUUUUGCAUUUAUAAAUUUUGUGUUCUUAUAUGAUGGCAUUUACUCUGUGACAGUUAUGAGGUUUUGGAAUUUUUCCUUAAAAGUAAAGGACUAGAUUAUAAUCAAAUUGAAACUUUCAGUACAAUUUAGUCCCUGUAAAUGUUUGAUGAUCACCAUUAAUUUCCUAAUAAGAAGUGUUACAAAUCAUGUCAGCAGAUUUAGUAACUGUUGUUGAUCAUGUAGUGGAGUGGAGUUGUCCCUUGUUUAUGGUAGCGUAAGGUUGACUAUCAAUUGUUGUACAUACUUAGGUUCCUUGGACCAGCCAAGGACCAAGGCACCAAAGUUUCAAUUAUGCUUUUAAUCCUUUAUUACCUAUCCAAAGCCAAAAUAUAGCUACUGUGGCAUGUAGUUGUGUCUCUGAAUAAAAAAUGUAUUCUUUAAUUUUUCUAACAAAAA